ANAAGUCCUGGACAAUUUUGAUUUUUUAGAGCCUGAGUGCUUCGGGUAUAUUGAACGUAACUGUUCUCUAUGCUUAGCUGGUUCAUCCAGUAUGUAGUCCUGGACAAUUGUAAUUUUUCAAAGCCUGAGUGCUUCGGGCAUAUUGAACGUAGCUGUUCUCUAUGCUUAGCUGGUUCGAAGCAUACCCAUCAGUUGGGGGUCUUUUGGUUGCUAAGAACGUGUUGCUCGUUAUGUUAUCAAUAAAAAAAAAGUUAAAUUGUUAAAUUGUAAAGUUUCGUGAAAAUUGUCGAUGAUCCAGAGACUGUAUGAAUUUUUGAACCUUGCAACUUUUACAAAAGAUAUGUAUGAUGGCAGGUAAAUUUCUUUGUAUGAUUUCAUAUGUCGAAAAGAUCAUAACUUCAAUAGUUUACGUGUGAUCUUCAGAAAACCUCACAGUUUUACUUAUAUCUGUAUGAAAACUUUGAAUAUCAAAUCUUUUUUCAAAUUAAACAAAUUUCACUAAAGCGUGACGUCCGCGCAUGAAGCAUGUUAAUGCAGUCUGAUCAGGUCCAUCAGUCUUGUUAUAUAGUUUUGAUUGAUGAAAUGUUAUGUGAUGAACAUACGAUCAUGCCAACUCCUUUUCAAUUAUUUUGAGAAUUAAAUAUUUUACAAACUUCAUUACUCAAGAUUAUAAAAUAUUGAGUAAUAAAUUAAGUAGCGAUCCCAAGCACAUCUCCUAUCCCAAGAGAUACUUGAUACGCAUCAAUUAACCCUACUCACAUGUGGCGUUCCAAGUCUCCAUGACAACCAAUCGUUUGUAGACACAAGAACCAAGCUGAACGGUACCAGUGUUGGAUUUCAUACAGAAAGCAUCAGUCGUACUGCUACGCAUGUUAAAAAUAUUGGCUUAAGGAGGUAGUCGAGAGAAUCGAGUUUGCAACAAAAAUGGCUACAGCGAAUCUGCCGGCCAUUCCACAUCCUUUAUCCCGCGCUGAAGAACCGAUGAACAUGAACGUACGUGGUAUAUCGAGAGAUGGRUCGCGUUUGUCCUCUAGGCAAAGCCUUGGCUUUGGAGCUGAUUUUGAUAGCAGGAACAAAAUAAACGCAUUAAGGCCCAUAACAGCGGASCAAGUCCCGUGGAGACUAACAAAAUCUUCUAAUGGCCAUGCUCAACAAAUCAGUCCUAGAGAUAGCGGUCAACAGCUUGGCAAUAUACCUGAAGGAGUUGAAGUCAGACGGUCGCAAGACCCAACAAAACCAACCAUUCCAAUCUUCGGCAGCAGAGCAGAUAUGGCAAGUAGAGCUGAAAGCCGUCUAUCAAGAUUGAACAGCGCAGCAUCAACAUCACAUGGACCAGAMAAAGCAAUUGUUGACGAGUUGGAACAUAUCCUUCGGGAGAAGAUGAAAACAGGAUAUUUUGUUAUUAAGAACUCCUUCARACAAUGUGAUCCAGAAGGAAAAGGAAUUAUAAACAGAGAAUCCCUCUCUAAAAUCCUAACCAAUUUUGUUGGAAGACAAAUAAGCUUAAGUCAAUUUAACAAAUUAAUGGUCAGAUUAAGGUUGGAUCACAAGAAGAUGAUAUCAUAUGAUGAGUUUUAUGCUGCAUUCAGACCUCCAAAGAAAGCUGACGAAGGGCCAGCAUGGCUUGAACUUGAAAAACCAAACUUMAAAACAAUGACAGCAGCACAAGUACAUGCACACCUCAAGGAAAAAGCAAAACAAAGAUUUCUAGACGUGGCUGAACUUAUCCCACAAGUCAACCCAGGAGGUUCAGGCCGAAUCCUCCGCCCUGAAUUACGUAACGUCCUGAAUCAAAUGGGAUUUUAUAUGGACGAUGAUGAAUUUGAAAAGCUUUGGCUGAAAUACGACACUGACAAUGUCGGCACCAUUAAGGCCGAAAAGCUUCUCGGAARACUUGGGAUAACAAUGACGCCUGGAGAAACACGUGACGGGCCCAGAUCACCGCGGAAACUUGAGGUUGAGAGGAAACAGCAGCUGGAUGUGGAAAGGUGGUUGAAGAGGAAAUUCAGGGAGGSAUGUUCGGAUAUCAAACAUGGCUUCAUGGAGCUGGAUAUUGAUCGUACUGGAAGGGUGAAGAAAGAUGAUUUCAGACGUGUGUUGGCGGAGUUUGAUUUGAAGCUGAACUCCAACAAACAACUAGAGGACUUUCUUGCAAGGUGUGGUGUGUCUUUAUCUGACGGUCAAGUUCCUUACAAGGAGUUCCUACGUCGCUUCCAGGAUAGAAGUGAGACAGGAAUGCCACAUAAAAUCCUAGCCAACCCACUCCACAGGUACCACCAUAGUGAACAAGGAAGUACGUUUUCUACAACCUCAGCUGUAGAAGCCAAAUUGAUGGACCUUUUCCAGAAAGAUUUUCUGGCUUUACUUGGAACUUUCCACAACAUAGACCGAAAGGACCAGGGUUUGUUGACUCAACAACARUUCCGCGCUGCCAUAGAAGGAAGAUUUGAACUGGGAAUGAGCGAAGACGAUUAUGAAGAGUUUCUCAAGCGAGUUCCAAUAAACAACGAAGGAAUGGUUAAAUAUGUUGAGUUUAUGUCCAAAUUUGACACCACGGACACCAAGAGCCUCUUUGAUCGAUCUUCUGUCUUAGACAUCAAGCACAAUCUGACUCUACGUAAAGACUUUGAAAGCCCACCGCCGUCGCCAAGGAAACGUGGCAGGCCAGUGUAUACCAUAGACUCGUAUGACAGUAAAGAUGGUCGUAGUGCAGACGAACUAAAGAAACUGAUAAAACGAGUUUUGACAAGUAAUUUCCAGGCUUUUGAAGAAGCGUUUUAUGAAUUGGAUGAGUUCAACAGUAAGCGCCUUACACAGAACAUGAUGGCCAAGUUAUUGCGCAAGUUUGGAGUCGACGUUAAUCGAAAUGAGAUCAAGAGAUUAUGGGAUACAUUUAUCACAGAUCAACGAGGUCACCUCGAGUAUUUACAGUUCGUGAGGCAUUUUGGGUAUUCACUGGAUUCCGCAGCUUUUCCCAAUGCUAAAGUGUCCCCUCCAAAAAGAGGCGACAAUGACUUCAUGAUGCGAUCCAACAAACUCAACAGUGCAGUUGAUAUGUUGUUCGAACAACUCAAAUCAAAAGUGGGCUUUCACUGGGAAAAGCUUCGAGACCAGUUAUCCUUCCUCGACCCCAAGGGAACAGGAUUUGUCACUCGGGACGAUUUUAAGGACGUGUUACAAGAUCUGUGCGUAGAAAUGACUGACUACGAAUGCACUGUUACCUGCGAUAAAUUCGACCCCAAGAAAGAAAACAAAGUAAACUAUUUUAAGUUCUUGGAGCCAUUUGGCAAGAGAAGACGAGUAUAUCGUCAAGGCAAUAACAUGGUGGCAGUCAUGAACCAUCCUCAGGCAGAACUGCCUAUGGACGACAUCGUUAACAAACCAAACAAAGGGCUUUCUGGAAUAACUUCGAAACUGAGGCAGAAGCUGUCUGGUGAAUGGAAAAAUCUCCGUCGUGCGUUCCGUAAGCUGGAUAUUCACAACGAUGGCUACCUAACAAUCCCGGAAUUCCGUUCCGUCCUACGCUUGUGCAACACCAUUCUAGACGAGGAAGAGAUUUAUCACUUGUUGUCUGAGCUGGACAACGGUAUGGAAGGAAAGGUCUCUUAUCGAGAAUUCUUAAACAAAGUUUCAUCAUGAGUGAAGUCAAACAAAGUAAUCUUGUAGCCAGGGUUCCUCGGUUCAUCAACUUGUUUAGCGAUUUGGAUCGAUACUUCAAAUGUCGUGAAUCUUGUUAUAUUUCAAUGAUAAAUUCAGGAAUAAGAUUAGAAGUACAGUAAAACCCCKCGUAUAAGAACCUAGAUUUUUCUAACUCAGCCUGARCAGGUUCUUAUAUAAAUGGUGCUUAAGCUUGAAAUCAGUCUAUCUAGGUUCUUAAAUUGGUUCUUAAUUUUUAAAUAAGAAAAAGAGUAGUCACUACGUGUAGCUACAUGGAAUAUAGUAGAGUGCAAGCAUUAAAAGCACAUAAAUCAUACAAAACACAGUAGUGCUAAGUUAUGCACAGAUUGACUUAAAUGGUUGAAAUGGUUCUUAUGUGAAUGGUGCUUAAAAUGAAAAUUUCAGCCUGACAGGUACUUAAAUUUUAGGUUCUUACACGCGGGGUUUUACUGUAUAAGAUAUAUGACGUAUGUGGCCAUUUGUAUAUUUUAUGUUAAACAACGAGAGACAUUGCCAAUGUAUAACAUUCGAAAAUAUUAUUGUUUCCAAAAUAGCUGUAGUAGAUAGUGAGUGACUGAAAGGUUUAUAAGUCAAAUUUAUAUCUCAAUUGACACGGUUUUCUUUGUUAUCCACAAGGCUUUAUUUUUGUUAUAACCUUCAUUAUAAAUGCGAGGUCAAUAUAUAGUUAGUUAUUAACUCGGUUAAUAGAGAGUUUUAGAUUUUUGACGUUCACGGCAAAYGUAAAAACGUCAGUUGACCAGUAAAAAAUUCUUUUAAAUUACUGAAAAGUAAUCGCAAAAAAG